AUGGCUGCCAAGGGGCGGGGAGCCCCACACCCACCAGGCUGGUGGUUCCGCUACGUUGAUGACACCCACACAAAACAGAAGGUUGAACAUGUCGAGGAGUUCAUAGAGCACAUCAACUCCAUUGACCCCGACAUUAAGUUCACGAUGGAAAAAGAAGACAACGGGUCACUAGCUUUCCUUGACACCAAUACUAUCAGAAAACCGGACGGCAGCUUAAAAAUCAAUAUCUACAGAAAACCGACACAUACAGACCAAUAUCUAGAUUUAAACUCCCACCAUCCGAAUGAACACAAACUGUCAGUAGUAAGAACUCUUUUUGGCAGAGCUAAAUCAAUAAUAAUAGAAGAACAGGAUUUGAAUAAUGAAAUGCAGUAUGUCAGCCAGGCUUUGAAGAAGUGCCACUAUCCGGAAUGGGCACUGAAGAAAGGAAGGGAACAGACCAGCAAACCCAAGUCCGGUACGGAGAGCAAAAGAGUACCAGGGAAAGCCAAGUCUAAGGGCAACAUUGUCCUUCCAUAUGUUCAAUGUACCUCUGAACAGUUGAAGCGGGCCUUCCUGAAACAUAACAUCAGCGUAUCCUUUAAGCCACAUAAAACUCUUAGACAAUUACUAGUUCACUCUAAGGACAAACCAGACAAGGAAGACAUAUGCAGACUUAUCUACCAUAUCAAAUGUGAUGGCCAUCCAAAGGACCAGUGUUCAAUGGACUAUAUUGGUGCAACCGAAAGAAAUUUAAUAGCACGAUUCAUGGAACACAGGAGAUCGAGUUCAACAUCAUCUGAGGUCUCAAGACAUAUACAUGAUUGUAAACCGGGCCACGCGAUCACAAUGGAGAAUGUUAUGAUUCUGGACCAUGAGCCAUCUUGGUUUGAGAGAGGGGUCAAGGAUGCUAUUUAUAUCCGUGCACUAAGACCGGAUCUAAACAAGGACGGGGGUCGCUACCAACUCUCGCACACCUGGGACCAUACAGAUGAUCUUGAGGACCCUCCCUCAUUGCCAGUGGGUAUCAAAGUGGGACCUUCUGAUAAAAGUAGCUAG